AUGAGCAACGGCGAAGCUCCGGUGACGGUGAGCGAGGAAGCGGCUCUCCGAGUCGUCAAGGGUUCCUUGGCAACCUCGCUGGCCGGCGGCAUCUUCGGAAGCAUUUAUGGGGUCAUAAGAGCGCAACCCGCCACCUUGCUCGCGGCCCAGGGCGGUGCCAACUGUUUCGUCUUCGCCUUUCCCUUUUUCGCCCUCCGAGAGUAUGCCAUCUCGCCCAUCCUCGAGCCGAAUCAGACGAGCGUCACAAUUGAUCGGACCCAUAAGCUGGCGUCUACGGCUGUGUCUGCCUCUCUGGUCGGAGGCAGUCUGGCUUGGUACUUUCGUGGCCCCAAGAAAUUCGUUCCAGGCAUCACGACAUUUGGUCUGCUGUGCACGGCGCUGCAAGUCGUGGGAAACGAAGCGAGGAUCCAACGCUUCAACUACCUCGCUGCGCGCGAGAGGGCCAAGUCGACCGCCCUGGAUGUGGCACUUCCCGUGAAUGGGAGUGACGCUACAACAGGAUCACCACCACAAGGUGAGGUAGCCUCUGCGACAGUCGAGUCACCACAGCCCGUCGAGCCGACGUCAGAGCCCGCGCAUUCAUGGUGGAAGCGGUCUUGGUCCUCGCUUGCAAGCCUGUCGCCCAUCCGCAAGGUCUCUGACGAGGAAUACGAGAAGAUCCUCCGAGAGAAGAAGGCAGACAUCCAGCGACAGCUGGCCGAAAUCGACGAGCAGAUCUUAAAGGAAGGGCAGCAAGGGAGCAAGAAGGCGGUGUGAAUAAAUUUAAGGUAGCAAUGCUAUAUGUACAGUAUGGUACUUGUAUCGAUGAAGAGCCGUCGUCAUGAU